UUUUUAAAGUUUGUACUUUUAUUUGCAGUACGAAAAUAGAGAAAGAGAAAAAAGAGCUUGCAAAACAGCACGGGAUGAUCCGGACAGAAAUCAGCGGGGCAGAGAUAGCAGAAGAAAUGGAAAAAGAAAGACGGUUCUUUCAGUUACAGAUGUGCGAGUAUCUUCUCAAAGUCAAUGAAAUCAAGGUGAAGAAGGGAGUCGAUUUGCUUCAGAAUCUCAUCAAAUACUUCCAUGCCCAGUGCAAUUUCUUUCAGGAUGGAUUAAAAGCUGUUGAAAGUCUUAAACCUUCAAUCGAAAAACUUGCAACAGAUUUGCACACGAUCAAACAAGUACAGGAUGAAGAGAGGAAACAGCUCACUCAGCUGAGAGACGUGUUAAAAUCGGCUCUACAGGGGGAUCAGAAAGAGUCUAGGAGAGAUUCUCAAGUUCGUCAGAGCGCUGCCUAUAGUUUACACCAGCCUCAGGGAAACAAAGAGCACGGUACUGAGAGAAGUGGAAACCUCUACAAAAAAAGUGACGG